AUGGUUUUGUAUCCUUUUCCUAGAUUAAUGCGGAUCAAAGAACUACGGUGGGAAUAUGGUAUCAUUUUACCUAAAGAUAUCCGUGAUAAUUUAUCGGAAGCGGAACAAGCAUGGUUUAAACACUAUUGUAGUUGUUUGGCAAACUUCAUGCAGGCUGAUGGAUCGGAACGUGGAGGCGGUGGAAUGCUAGAUUUAACACAAUAUCGCACACCACCAAAAUCAUUAUUUCUAGAAGUCCGUUGUCUUCAAGAUUUUGGCGAAUUCGAAACAGAGGAUGGCAGUAUUUUACAUUUAACAAAAGAUUGUACAAUCUCUCUCCCUUCUUGUUCAUAA